ACAGUUCCGUCAGUGACAUAACCUAUAAUCGGAUCAAACGUACAUAACCUAAACUUGGUGGAGUUGGACAAUCUUGUUUUAAAAUAAGGAAUAGCUUAUUUUUACAAUAAAAGAUUUAUAUAUAAACAACAUUAACUGAAAAAGGUCUGAAAAAAAUGGCAGUGGUAAUAGAAACCACUAUAGGCGAUUUUACGGUAGAUCUCUAUAUUGAAGAACGUCCCCAAACCACACGGAACUUCCUAAAGUUGUGCAAACUGAAAUACUACAAUUGGAACUUGUUUCAUUCGGUGCAGACCAACUUCAUCGCGCAAACCGGAGACCCCACCGGCACCGGGAAAGGCGGGGAGAGCGUCUACGGGAUUGUCCUAGGCGAAAAGGCGCGUUAUUACGAAGCCGAGCAUAUGCCCAAGAUCAAGCACAACAGGAUAGGUUUAUUGUCCAUGGUGAAUUGCGGCAACAACAUGCUGGCUUCCCAGUUCUUCAUCACCCUGGGAUCCGAGCUGCAGUCCCUGGACAAUGAGCACUGCGUGUUUGGAGAGAUCACGGAGGGAUUGGAGAUCAUCCUCAAGUUCAACGAAGCCAUCUGCGAUGGGGAUCAGAGGCCUUAUCAGGACAUAAGGAUAUCCCACACUGUCAUCCUGGAGGAUCCGUUCGACGAUCCUGUGGGGUUGAUGAUUCCUGAUAGAAGUCCAGAACCAACGAAAGAAGCUCUAAUGAGCGAUAGAAUCGGAGCGGAUGAGGCGAUCGACGAUAUGAAAGGGAUGACCAUAGAAGAGCUGAUGGAAAUUCAAAAGGCCAAGGAAGCAAAAGCGAGAGCCACGAUACUAGAGAUUGUGGGUGAUAUACCGGACGCGGAUAUCGCUCCGCCGGAGAACGUCCUGUUUGUCUGCAAAUUAAAUCCAGUCACGACCGACGACGAUCUUGAAAUCAUUUUCAGUCGUUUUGGGAAGAUCGUUGGUUGCGAAGUGAUAAGAGACCAUCAAACGGGAGACUCCUUGCAGUAUGCGUUCAUCGAAUUCAGCGAUCGCAAGAGCUGCGAAGACGCGUACUUCAAAAUGGAUAAUGUCCUGAUCGAUGACCGGAGGAUACACGUGGAUUUCUCGCAGUCGGUCGCGAAGAUGCGCUGGCGAGGCAAAGGAAAGGGCAUCCGUUACCUCGACGAGGACAACAAGACGAACAAGAAGUACGAGAGCUUCUCUUCGAAGAGAUCCGAGAGGAAUCAUGACGACAACGGUAGAGAUAGGGAUGACGGAAGGAAGAAGAGCUCGCACAAGGAUUAUAGAAAGCACGAGCGCAGGAAAGAGGAUAAAGAUAAGAGAAGGGAAGACAGAUCGCACGAUAGGUACGAGAAUGAACGAAGAGAUAGGAAAAGGAGGGAGGAACGACGAGGAGAUAGGGACAAGGAGGAUCAGAGGAGAGGUCACAGCGAGGACAGGUUGGAAAGGAGAAGUAAGAGGGACGACAGCAACGACCGGAGGAGAGACCACAGCGAAGAGAAAUCGGAAAGAAGGGGCAAAAGAGACGAGCACGAUAGGGAGCGUCGACAUCGUGAUAACGAGAGGAAGAGGACCACGGAAGACGACGAUACUAGACACAGGUCGCACAAGCACAAGAGAAAACGAUGAAGAGGGUGCUGAAGAAGCUUCAAGAACUCAAUUAGACUUAAACAAAAAUAUAUAUAUUUUAUAACGCAAGUAGCAAAUUGACGUCAUUA